AUGGACGUGUCUGGAAUGUGGGCCGUCGACAGUGGUGCAACGCACCACAUUUGCCACGACAAGACCAAGUUCGCAAGUUUGGCAGAGCGCAAUGAGGGCGAACUCUUGGUGGCUGAUGGCAACAAGGUGGCCAUCAAGGGUGUGGGAACCAUAAUGGAAAAGGUGGUUCUGCCCAACGGUGAAGAGCGUGAGAUCGAAAUCAAGAACGCGCUAUAUGUUCCAAGUAUGAGCAAGAACCUGCUCUCGGUGCCACAGAUUAACAGCCAUGGCAAGUUUCAAGUCGUGUUUGACGGGUCCAAGAUGUAUGUGACUCUCAAGAACUCACAGCAAGUGGUGGCGACAGCGGAUCUCGUGGAUGGACUCUACUGGCUUCGGACGACUCAACGAUCAGCGAAUGUGACAACAAGUGGAACCAGUUGUGCCGAUCUACAUGCGAGAAUGGGUCAUGCUCCAGUCGAUGUACUUCGCAAGAUGAUCGCGACCAACAUGAUCAAGGAUGUGCGAGUCCCUCUCAAGUCGGGUGGAGCAACUACAUGUCGAGGAUGUCAACAAGGGAAAAUGGUCCAAAAACCAUUUCCAAGCAACCGAGACAAGCGCAGCUACGAUACGUUUGAGCUACUUCAUCUGGACAUCUGCGGGCCCAUGGAAAAGGAUUCGCUCGGUGGCAGCAAAUAUUUGCUGCUGAUCAUCGACGAAGCCAGUGGAUGCAUGAAGGGCUUUUGUCUACGAGUGAAGUCCGAGAGUGAAGACUACAUCCGGAAAUAUAUCACCAUGGUACAGACGCAAUUCUGUAAGAAGGUCAAGUUCGUGCGACACGACGGAGCUCGCGAGUUUGCAACCAACUCGCUUCAACUGUUCUACGAAGACGAAGGCAUUGAACAGCAGACAACGGUGCCGUAUGCACAUCAAACAAACGGAACAGCAGAGCGUGCCAUUAGGACUAUUGUCACGAUCGGCCGCAGCAUGCUUCAUCAUGCCAAACUGGACAAGUGUUUCUGGGCCGAAGCAGCGAUGACGGCCAUCUACGUCAAGAAUCGACUGCCGUCACCUAAAGUCGUGCACAAGACCCCGUUUGAGAUCGUCUACAACUUGAAACCAAGCGUCAAGCACAUGCGAACAUUCGGGUGUCAGACAUACAUACUGACGCCUAAAGAGAAUCGACUCAAGUGGGAUCCAAAGGCUCGCGCUGGCAUAUUCGUGGGCUACGAAGAAGUUUCGAAGGCAUAUCGUGUUUAUGACAUCGAGACGGGGCAGGUGGUUAUCAGCCGCGAUGUCAACUUCGAAGAGUCCACCUUUGGACUUCAACUGCCGAUCACUGAUGAAGAUGUUGACGGUCAUCGGUUUUCUACCAGUAUUGGUAACCGUGACCGAUCCAAUCCGAACCGCCUGUUCAGCUUAGUAUUUACGACGUAG